UCAGUGCCUCUCAUCACUUAUAAAAACACUUUGAUUUCCUUUCUUAGUUACUCCAAAUCCGACGUUCGUAAAAAAAGACCAGGUGAACUACCUACGUGCCGCCGUCACCACCAUGUCACAGCCUCAUUUCCUCCUAGUGACCUUCCCUGCACAAGGCCACAUAAACCCAACCUUACAAUUUGCCAAGCAUCUUAUACGUAUUGGCGUACGUGUAACUUUCAUCACCUGCAUCUCCGCUCACCGCCGCAUGACCAAAGUCCCCACUGCUCAAGGCCUAACGUUUUUACCGUUUUCCGAUGGCUACGACGACGGUUUUCAACCCGGUGAUGACAUAGAACAUUACCUAUCUGAAUUGAGGCGACGAGGCAAAGAAGCCAUCUCCGAGUUCAUAACAAGCAGUGAAAACGAAGGCAAACCCGUCACUUGCAUUGUCUACACCCUGUUCAUCCAUUGGGCCUCGGAGGUGGCGCGUAAACAUCACAUCCCGACAGCUUUACUUUGGAUUCAACCCGCCACCGUUUUCGACAUCUAUUAUUUUUACUUCAACGGAUACGAAUCCACCAUUAAAGCUCCAGUUGAUGAAACAAACCCAAAGCGUUCAAUAAAAUUACCAGGUCUGCCGCUACUCGCCACCCGCGACCUUCCGUCGUUCGUCACCGCUUCAAACGUUUACCGUUGGGCACUGUCGUUGUUCAAAGAACAAAUGGAUGUCCUCGCUGAUGAAUCCCACCCCAAAAUCCUUGUUAACACAUUCGAUGCUUUGGAACACGAAGCAUUAAACGCCAUUGAAAAUUUCAACAUGGUAGGCAUCGGACCUUUAAUCCCAUCUUCUUUCUUGAACUCAAAUGACUCCUUGGAUAAUUCCUUGAGAACCGAUCUUUUUCAAUCCGAUUCAAAAGAUUACAUCCAAUGGUUAGACUCCAAACCAAAAUCGGCCGUCGUUUACGUUUCCUUCGGGAGCUAUGCUGUGUUAACGAAGCGACAAGUGGAGGAAAUCGCUCGAGCUUUAAUAUCCAGCCGGCGACCCUUUUUAUGGGUGGUGAGGAACCGGACAAAUGGAGGCGAAGAAGAGAAAGAAGAAGAUAAACUGACUUGCAGGGAAGAAUUGGAACAGUUUGGGAUGGUGGUUCCAUGGUGUUCGCAAGUGGAAGUAUUGUUUCAUCCAUCGUUGGGUUGCUUCGUGACGCAUUGUGGGUGGAACUCGACAUUGGAGAGCAUGGCGGCCGGUGUACCGGUGGUGGCUUUCCCUCAAUGGACGGAUCAAAGGACUAAUGCGAAGCUGAUUGAAGAUGUGUGGGGGAAUGGGGUGAGAGUGAGUGCUAAUGAAGAAGGGAUGGUGGAACGUGAUGAGAUCGUUAGGUGCUUGGAUUUGGUGAUGGGGGAUGAUAAGAAAGGGAUGGAAGUGAAGAAAAAUGUAGAGAAAUGGAAAGGGUUAGCCAGUGAAGCCGCCAUGGAAGGCGGCUCCUUGGAUAUGAAGCUUAAAGCUUUUGUGGAUGAUAUUGCUGAAGGAUAUCUACUCAUCGACUAGUAGAGGAAAUCGCUUGAGAUUUAUUAUCCAGCCGGCAACCAUUUUCAUGGGUGGUGAGGAACUGGAAAGAUGGAGGCUACGAAGAGAGAGAAAAAGAUAAACUGACUUUCAGGGAAGAAUUGGAACAGUUAGGGAUGGUGGUUCCAUGGUGUUCGCAAGUGGAAGUAUUGUCUCAUCGUCGUUGUGUUGCUUCGUGACGCAAUGUGGGUGAAACUCGACGUUGGAGAGCAUGGUGGACAGUGUAUCAAGGGACUAAUGCGAAGCUGAUUGAAGAUGUGGGGGGAAUGGGGGUGAGAGUGAGUGCUAAUGAAGAAGGGAUCAUGGAACGUGAUGAGAUUGUUAGGUGCUUGGGUUUGGUGAUGGGGGAUGGGGAGAAAGGGAUGCAAGUGAAGAAGAAUGUUGAGAAAUGGAAAGGGUUAGCGGGGGAGGCCGCCAUGGAAGGUGGUUCCUUGGAUAUCAACCUUAAAGUUUUUGUGGAUGAUGUUGCUCAAGGUUGUUGCAAGUAAAUUUAUCUUUUCAUAUAAUUAUCUACAUUUAUAUCUUGAAUUCUUAAAUCAAGAAAUAAUAUGUUUAAAAACGAUCAAAUUCCUCUUGUUGUAAUAAUAAAAAUAUCAAAUGAUCUAAAAUUCGAUGGAAUGUUACAAAUAAAUUUCUAA